UUCCCGUCCGGCUCCGGGGCUCCGGGGGCGCGCCGCCUCCCGCCUCCCCCCGCCGAGCCCCCCUCCACGGAAGGACUGCCAGGCGCCGCAGCCUCCGCGGGGUCCCCCUUACCCCCUGGGCUCCCCUGAGUGGGGAGGGAAGGGAAGGGAAGGCUGUUCUCUUCUUGGCGGGGGCUUCCUGUUUUCUCUCAGGGAGGGGCCGGGGGGAGCAUGAAGCGCCCCCGAGGCAGAGGGGGGCUGGCAGAGGAGGGGGUGCUCUCUCGCCCUUCUGGAGCUUUUGCCAAUUUUGGAGCUUGUGGGUCGCCGCCUCGCCCCCCUUUCUUGGCAGAAGCUGCAUCCACUGAAGUUUCCUGUCACUGGAUGGAAGAAAAGCCCCCUUCUUCAGCCUAGAUGCUAAGGAUCCUCCCACAGUCCAGUCCUAGGCAUGUUUGUUCAAAAGCCCUGGAGCAUGUGACUGUCCAGCCAAACCUGGGAGAACCGGACGGCUGCUGCCAGGCUCAUGAUCUGUCCUCUGACUGGGGAAGAGCUGUCUUCUGAACACGCUGUCAGAAAGAACCAGCAUCAUCCCAUGGAGAGACCAGGCCUUUGGGAGGAGAGUCGAGAGAGGCCGUGCAAUGCCUUCCGCUGCUUUUGAGGAGAUGACGUUGGCUGCCUCCCACUGAUGGCAUGUUGAGUCCCACCGCAUCGCAGUGGAGCGGGUGUGUGGUAGCGAGGGGGCUGCUCUAACGGCUGGGGGUGCACCAAUAUGGGCCAGUGUGUCACCAAGUGCAAGAACCCUUCCUCCACGCUUGGCAGCAAAAAUGGCGAGCGGGAGUCCAGCAAGGCUCACGGCAAGCGGAGCACCGCCCACAAGGAAGAGCACAGCACGGCCAGUGGGAAGUCCUCCGGGGACAUCCUGGUCAACGGGACGAAGAAGCUGGAGGCUGCCGUAGAGGCCAGCCAGCCGCCCACCUCCUCUGGGGACGCCAAGAAAGACCCGGCUGCUGGCGCCGAGGAGUCCUCCCUCCACAGGACUGAGGAGUUAUUCAGGAGGUACAAAGACCAGCGCGAAGAUGCCAUCUUGGAGGAAGGCAUGGAGCACUUCUGCAACGACCUCUGCGUCGACCCCACUGAAUUCAAGGUGCUCGUCCUGGCGUGGAAAUUCCAGGCGGCGACCAUGUGCAAGUUCACCAGGACGGAAUUCUUUGAGGGCUGCAAAGCAAUGAACGCGGACAGCAUUGAUGGGAUUUGUGCCCAGUUCCCCAGCCUCCUAAACGAAGCCAAACAAGAAGACAAGUUCAAGGAUCUGUACCGUUUCACCUUCCAGUUUGGCCUGGACUCCGAAGAGGGACAGCGGUCGCUACAUCGGGAAAUAGCCAUUGCCCUUUGGAAACUAGUCUUCACCCAGAACAAGCCCCCUAUCUUGGACCAGUGGUUACACUUCUUGAACGAGAACCCCUCAGGAAUCAAGGGAAUCUCCCGGGACACGUGGAACAUGUUCCUCAACUUUACUCAGGUCAUUGGGCCAGACCUUAGCAACUACAGCGAGGACGAAGCCUGGCCUAGUCUCUUCGACACCUUUGUGGAAUGGGAAAUGGAGCAGCGGAAGAAAGAGGAGGAAGCCAAAGGGGUUGCGGCUUCACAGACAGAGAGCCUGUGUCCAGAUCACCACACUUAACACCAUUUCUUGCAGCAGCAACAGCUUAACCCUUCAUGACUUGUAAGCUCUGGACUCCUGGGAUUUAGACGCUCCAGAUUUUUCUACUUUACACCUUUCUCUGCCUUGUAUUUGAAAGGGCUCUAAAAUGCUGUAUCCAUAUUUUAGGCACUUUCUUUAAAUUUUGGAUUACUCCUGUUUGUUGUUUUUCCUACAAUGUUUGACCCUGGCUGCAAAUUUAAAUCUUCUUUGUUGUUGUUUUUAAAAAGUUGGUCUCAGAUUUGGUAUAAUUACAGCUUGCAAUGGGUUGCACAACUUUAAAAAACAAUUUUUUUGGUGAGGUUAAAUUAAAAUUGCUAAAUUAUACCGUGCCAGAUUUGAAGUUCUGCAAAUUUGCAUUUUUUUUCUUUCAGGGCAAGUCUAUACCGUGUGUAGUGCUGUUUACAUUGUUGAUUUUUUAAAAAGUUUUUGUGAUAAUUUUAAGAUUUAUACCAUGAUUAUAACAGUGUUAACUGUUAACUACAAAUGCAUUUAAUUCCAAGGUAAAAAGACUGAAAGCCAAUGAAAGCAGCAUCUUUUUUGCGGGGGGUGGGGUAGCAUGGCUAGCUUAUUUUUAGGGAUGUGCUCAAUGUCAAGCCAGUUUGACGGUCUGGGGUUGAACCGAAAGAGUCUGACCUGGACCAAACACCCCCAACUGUUUGGGGGUUCGCGGACUUACCCUCUCCAGGGGGAGCUGUUGGAGGUGGUGCCGUGUCCGUGGAGGUCCCUGCCCACCACACCCGCCAGCCUUCCUUGCUCUUCGGCCCGUUUGGGCCUUCCCCACUGGUGUGGUGGCCAUUUUGGAGGCCGCCACGCCUGCACAAUUGGCCUCUGCAUGGCCUUGGUCACGCAGAAGCCUAUUGCAGCCGCUGCACUGGAGGGGGAAGGCCCGAACGGGCUGCAAGGAAGGCUGGCAGGGGGAGGGGGAACUUCCGUGGACCCCCGCUCCGCCUCCAACUUCUCCCCCAGAGGGGGCAAGUGACAUACAUACAAAAAAAUUAUUUUAAAAAGGUGGGGGGAGUCCGUGAACCCCUCCCCCCUGGACCGGGGUUGAGCGGGUGCCAGACUGAUCUGGCCCGGUCUGGUUCAAGUCCGGUCUAGGCUCGAACCGAGCCAGCUGGUUCAGGGCACAUCCCUACUUAUUUUAAGUUGGUCCCGGGUUUUUCUUGUUAAAAUUUGGGUUGUGUUUUGUUAGACUACACUGUCCCUACCAGUCAGCUGAGCAUUAGUAACCUUUUGGGGGCAUUGGCCAUGAGACGAGAGGCUUUGUGGGGGAGGGCUCUUUCUUCCUUGCCCUCAAAACAUCUGCCAUGAUCUGGGGAUGCUUUUGCCCACUUCCAGUGGGGCAAUUCCAUGGGUGACAGAAUCUGGCACGUUACACCCCAACAAAAACAGCAACACAACUUUAGCCAUAUGCAGAUCUUCAAGUUGAUAUUACAUAUACCCACUAGCAAGAGAAUGUCUCUUACUGUGUAGCCAUAUUUUUACAACCUCCUUAGUGUGAAAUAGAUCGGUAAUGGAAUUGGAAGCAAUGUCCAAAAAUCCUGAUUCCGUUUCUGAUGUGUUUUAUACGUUUCAGGCACUCUCUCUAAUAUUCAAGGGGUUUGUAAAAAUACAUUCUCUUGCCAGUGGUUAUAUAGAAUAUCAACCUGCAAAAUUGCUCAUGGUUACAGAUAAUGAAAAAGUGGUAACACGCUUGCUUCCGUUAGCUUGUGUCCGGAAUUGCUCAACAGCAGGCUCCAUUCUGUUGAACAAGAUGCCCAGCAUGCACUGCAAGAAGGUGGGUCUUUUCCCUUAAAGUGGGCGGUCUUACAGGGAUGAUAGUGGUGCAAGUCACUCAGUGGGGGUGGGGGAUCCUACUUUAAUUUUAAAUAUUUGACUCUUGUGUUUAAAAAAAAGGGGGGGGGUUGACGGUUGGGAAGUGCAUUACAUCUGUGUCAAAACUCUUCUAAUGUGUUUGUUCCUUGGAAACCUCUCAAUUGCUAAAUCAGACCACUGCCCCCCGCCCCCCUGCCAGCACAAGGAAAUCUGCACCUGAUGAGUGCAAUUGCCAUGGUUCCUUUAGCAACUCCCAAAACAAUCAGAUUCAGCUUUUGUUGCAGGAAAUGCAGUGCUGGGAAAAGCCGCACCUCUUGAAUUUCUGCUUGCUGUGUUGCUGUUCAGUGUCUGUUGGGGGAGGGGGAAUGUGGAAACCACACUUGGAAUUAUCUUGACAGUGACACUGUGCAUCCCAUGUUGGGAUGACUUAACGAUGUUUCAAUAGGACUGAAUUGAUUGUUUAAAUUUUACCUGUAUUUGGGACACUCUCUCUCUUUGCCUGCUUGGAAUUGUUGUUACCUAAAGGGAGUUUUAUUAACAGGGGCUGAAUUGUUUUGUUAUUGAUGCAUCUUUUUUAAAACAACAAAUUGUCAAUGUUUUAAAACUGGGUAAAAGGGAUAAUUGCUGAGGCUUUCGUCUGGAAAAAAGCUUGACCUCCAUAUUGCCGUAUCUUUAUUUUUUUUAAAAGUAUAAAACUUUUUAUUUUCAGUCGCUGAACAAA